ACUCGCCUCCCUGCGGACCUGGCAUCCUUUCACUCCCUCCUCUCUACAUUUUCCUCUUCUGUCUCUGCUGCUAAAGCCACUUUCUACCACUCUAAAUUCCAAGCAUCUGCCUCUAACCCUAGGAAGCUCUUUGCCACCUUCUCCUCCCUCCUGAAUCCUCCUCCCCCCCUCCUCCCUCUCUGCAGAUGACUUCGUCAACCAUUUUGAAAAGAAGGUCGACGACAUCCGAUCCUCGUUUGCUAAGUCAAACGACACCGCUGGUUCUGCUCACACUGCUCUACCCUGUGCUCUGACCUCUUUCUCCCCUCUCUCUCCAGAUGAAAUCUCGCAUCUUGUGACGGCCGGCCGCCCAACAACCUGCCCGCUUGACCCUAUCCCCUCCUCUCUUCUCCAGACCAUUUCCGGAGACCUUCUCCCUUACCUCACCUCGCUCAUCAACUCAUCCCUGACCGCUGGCUACGUCCCUUCCAUCUUCAAGAGAGCGAGAGUUGCACCCCUUCUGAAAAAACCUACACUCGAUCCCUCCGAUGUCAACAACUACAGACCAGUAUCCCUUCUUUCUUUUCUCUCAAAACUCUUGAACGUGCCGUCCUUGGCCAGCUCUCCCGCUAUCUCUCUCAGAAUGACCUUCUUGAUCCAAAUCAGUCAGGUUUCAAGACUAGUCAUUCAACUGAGACUGCUCUUCUCUGUAUCACGGAGGCGCUCCGCACUGCUAAAGCUAACUCUCUCUCCUCUGCUCUCAUCCUUCUAGACCUAUCGGCUGCCUUCGAUACUGUGAACCAUCAGAUCCUCCUCUCCACCCUCUCCGAGUUGGGCAUCUCCGGCGCGGCCCACGCUUGGAUUGCGUCCUACCUGACAGGUCGCUCCUACCAGGUGGCGUGGCGAGAAUCUGUCUCCUCACCACGCGCUCUCACCACUGGUGUCCCCCAGGGCUCUGUUCUAGGCCCUCUCCUAUUCUCGCUAUACACCAAGUCACUUGGCUCCGUCAUAACCUCACAUGGCCUCUCCUAUCAUUGCUAUGCAGACGACACACAAUUAAUCUUCUCCUUUCCCCCUUCUGAUGACCAGGUGGCGAAUCGCAUCUCUGCAUGUCUGGCAGACAUAUCAGUGUGGAUGACGGAUCACCACCUCAAGCUGAACCUCGGCAAGACGGAGCUGCUCUUCCUCCCGGGAAGGUCUGCCCGUUCCAUGAUCUCGCCAUCACGGUUGACAACUCCAUUGUGUCCUCCUCCCAGAGCGCUAAGAACCUUGGCGUGAUCCUGGACAACACCCUGUCGUUCUCAACUAACAUCAAGGCGGUGGCCCGUUCCUGUAGGUUCAUGCUCUACAACAGCCGCAGAGUUCGACCCUGCCUCACACAGGAAGCGGCGCAGGUCCUAAUCCAGGCACUUGUCAUCUCCCGUCUGGAUUACUGCAACUCGCUGUUGGCUGGGCUCCCUGCCUGUGCCAUUAAACCCCUACAACUCAUCCAGAACGCCACAGCCCGUCUGGUGUUCAACCUUCCCAAGUUCUCUCACGUCACCCCGCUCCUCCGCUCUCUCCACUGGCUUCCAGUUGAAGCUCGCAUCCGCUACAAGACCAUGGUGCCUGCCUACGGAGCUGUGAGGGGAACGGCACCUCAGUACUUCCAGGCUCUGAUCAGGCCCUACACCCAAACAAGGGCACUGCGUUCAUCCACCUCUGGCCUGCUCGCCUCCCUACCACUGAGGAAGUACAGUUCCCGCUCAGCCCAGUCAAAUCUGUUCGCUGCUCUGGCCCCCCAAUGGUGGAACAAACUCCCUCACGACGCCAGGACAGCAGAGUCAAUCACCACCUUCCAGAGACACCUGAAACCCCACCUCUUUAAGGAAUACCUAGGAUAGGAUAAAGUAAUCCUUCUCACCCCCCUUAAAAGAUUUAGUUGCACUAUUGUAAAGUGGCUGUUCCACUGGAUGUCAUAAGGUGAAUGCACCAAUUUGUAAGUCGCUCUGGAUAAGAGCGUCUGCUAAAUUACUUAAAUGUAAAUGUAAAUGUAAAGUGAAAGCCAUCCUCUCUUGGGGAAUGCUGCUUUUUAGUUAGCAUUGCGACUGUAUCAAAAGGAAUUUCGGAUUGUUCUUAUUUUCCUCAAUUAAGUUAGAAAAAUAGGAUGAUCGAGCAGCAGUAAGGGCUCUUCGGUACUGCACAGUACUGUAUUUCCAAGCUAGUCGGAAGAAUUCCAGUUUGGUGUGGCGCCAUUUCCGAUCCAAUUUUCUGGAUGCUUGCUUCAGAGCUCGGGUAUUUUCUGUGUACCAGGGAGAUAGUUUCUUAUGAGAAAUGUUUUUAGUUUUUAGGGGUGCAACUGCAUCUAGGGUAUUGCGCAAGGUUAAAUUGAGUUCCUCAGUUAGGUGGUUAACUGAUUUUUGUCCUCUGGCGUCCUUGGGUAGACAGAGGGAAUCUGGAAGGACAUCAAGGAAUCUUUGUGUUGUCUGUGAAUUUAUAGCACGACUUUUGACUUUUUCCAUGUGAAUAUUAAAGUCACCAAAGAUUAGAAUAUUAUCUGCUAUGACUACAAGGUCUGAUAGGAAUUCAGGGAACUCAAUGAGGAACGCUGUAUAUGGCCCAGGAGGCCUGUAAACAGUAGCUAUAAAAAGUGAUUGAGUAGGCUGCAUAGAUUUCAUGACUAGAAGCUCAAAAGACGAAAACGUAAUUGUUUUUUUUUUGUAAAUUGAAAUUUGCUAUCGUAAAUGUUAGCAACACCUCCGCCUUUGCGGGAUGCCCAGGGGAUAUGGUCACUAGUGUAGCCAGGAGGUGAGGCCUCAUUUAACACAGUAAAUUCAUCAGGCUUAAGCCAUGUUUUAGUCAGGCCAAGCACAACAAGAUUAUGAUCAGUGAUUAGUUAAUUGACUAUAAUUGUCUUUGAAGUAAGGGAUCUAACAUUAAGUAGCCCUAUUUUGAGAUGUGAGGUAUCAUGAUCUCUUUCAAUAAUGACAGGAAUGGAGGAGGUCUUUAUCCUAGUGAGAUUGCUAAGGCGAACACCGCCAACAUAGGUCGAGGCACAGACACGUGGCAGACAAGUGGCAGACUCCACUAUGCUGGCAGGCUGGCUAACAGCCUGCUGCCUGGCCUGCACCCUAUUUCAUUGUGGAGCUAGAGGAGUUAGAGCACUGUCUAUGUUGGUAGAUAAGAUGAGAGCACCCCUCCAGCUAGGAUGGAGUCCGUCACUCCUCAGCAGGUCAGGCUUGGUCCUGUUUGUGGGUGAGUCCCAGAAAGAGGGACAAUUAUCUACAAAUUCUAUCUUUUGGGAGGGGCAGAAAACAGUUUUCAACCAGCGAUUGAGUUGUGAGACUCUGCUGUAGAGCUCAUCACUCCCCUAACUGGGAGGGGGCCAGAGACAAUUACUCGAUGCCGACACAUCUGAUUUACACGCUGAAGCUAUGUUGCGCUUGGUGAUCUCUGACUGUUUCAUCCUAAAAUCGUUGGUGCCGACGUGGAUAACAAUAUCUCUAUACUCUCUACACUUGCCAGUUUUAGCUUUAGCCAGCACCAUCUUCAGAUUAGCCUUAACGUCGGUAGCCCUGCCCCCUGGUAAACAGUGUAUGAUCGCUGGAUGAUUCGUUUUAAGUCUAAUACUGCGGGUAAUGGAGUCGCCAAUGACUAGAGUUUUCAAUUUGUCAGAGCUAAUGGUGAGAAGCUGAGGCUCAGACCCCGUAACGGGAGGAGUAGAGACAAGGGAAGGCUCUGCCUCUUACUCCGACUCGCUGCUUAAUGGGGAAAACCGGUUGAAAGUUUCUGUCGGCUGAAUGAGCAACACCGGUUGAGCGUUCCUACAGCAUUUCCUUCCAGAAACCGUGAGAAAGUUGUCCGGCUGCGGGACUGUGCCAGGGGAUUUAUACUACUAUCUGUACUUACUGGUGGCACAGACGCUGUUUCAUCCUUUCCUACACUGAAAUUACCCUUGCCUAACGAUUGUGUCUGAAGCUGGUCUUGUAGCACAGCUAUCCUCGCCGUAAGGCGAUCAUUCUCCUGUAUAUUAUGAGUACAGCAACUGCAAUUAGAAGGCAUCAUGUUAAUGUUACUACUUAGCUUCGGCUGUUGGAGGUCCUGACGAAUCGUGUCCAGAUAAAGCGUCCGGAGUGAAAAAGUUGAGGGAAAAAACAAAAAUAUAAACGGUAAUUAAAAAGUAAAAACCGUAAAGUUGUCAGAUAGCAAAAUAGGUUGGCAACAAAACGCACAGCAACACGUAAACAAGUCUGCAAGUUGUGACCGGAAAUGACGUCAAUUAACUUCUGGGCCACUGAUGGCAGCCCAUUCUUGCAUAAUCAAGGCUUGGAGUUUGUCAGAAUUUGUGGGGUUUUGUUUGUCCACCCACCUCUUGAGGAUUGACCACUAGUUCUCAAUGGGAUUAAGUUCUGGGGAGAUUCCUGGCCAUGGACCCAACAUAUUGAUGUUUUGUUCCCGAGCCACUUAGUUAUCCCUUUUGCCUUAUGGCAAGCUGCUCCAUCAUGCUGGAAAAGGCAUUGUUUGUCACCAAACUGUUCCUGGAUGGUUUGGAGAAGUUGCUCUCGGAGGAUGUGUUGGUACCAUUCUUUAUUCAUGGCUGUGUUCUUAGGCAAAAUUGUGAGUGAGCCCACUCCCUUGGCUGAGAAGCAACCCCACACAUGAAAUGUCUAAGGAUGCUUUACUGUUGGCAUGAAACAGGACUAAUGGUAGCGCUCACCUUGUCUUCUCCGGAAAAGCUUUUUUCCGGAUGCCCCAAACAAUCGGAAAGGGGAUUCAUCAGAGAAAAUGACUUUACCCCAGUCCUCAGCAGUCCAACCCCUGUACCUUUUGCAGAAUAUCAGUCUGUUCCUGAUGUUUUUCCUGGAGAGAAGUGGCUUCUUUGCUGCCCUUCUUGACACCAGGCCAUCCUCCAAAACGUUUUCGCCUCAUUGAGCGUGCAGAUGCACUCAAACCUGCCUGCUGCCAUUCCUGAGCAAGCUCUGUACUGGUGGUGCCCUGAUCCCGCAGCUGAAUCAACUUUAGGAGACGGUCCUGGUGCUUGCUGGACUUUCUUGGGAGCCCUGAAGUCUUCUUCACAACAAUUGAACCGCUCUCCUUGAAGUUCUUGAUGAUCUGAUAAAUGGUUGAUUUAGGUGCAAUAUUACUGGCAGCAAUAUGAAGCCCUGUGAAGCCCUAUUUGUGCAAAGCAAUGAUGCCGGCACGUGUUUCCUUGUAGGUAACCAUGGUUGACAGAGGAAGAACAAUGAUUCCAAGCACCACCCUCCUUUUGAAGCUUCCAGUCUGUUAUUUGAACUCAAUCAUCACGUUUUUGGGGGAUUCAGUUCAUUUACACUGCAAAGAGGGACUAUGCAAUUAAGUACAAUUCAUCUGAUCACUCUUCAUAACAUUCUGGAGUAUAUGCAAAUUGCCAUCAUACAAACUGAGGCUGCAGAAUGUGUGAAAAUUAAUAUUUGUGUCUCAAAACUUUUGGCCACGACUGUAUAUGUAUUAUUCUAUUUGAAUGUGUUUUAAUAUAAUGUGUGUUGUAUUAUUCAUUCAGCAGCUGUCCUUUAACAUCAGUCAUAUACUGGUCAUAUACUGUAUAGCAUUAUGGUUGAUACAUUGUAAAUGCAUUCCCUUUUCAUGUCGAUACAGAUCAACUGAUAGGUGUUGUGGUUCAGGCAUUUUUGUUACAGGUUCAGUAUAAUGUUAUACCGUUACAUGUUACAGAGAUAGAAAACAUACAGGAGAGGGGAAUUCACUUAUUAUAAUUAUUUACUCUAUUUUCCCAUUUUGAUCUCUAUAGUAGUACAUCAUUAUUUGAUUUUAUUUAAACGUGAAACUAAU